AUGUCGUCUUUGUUAAGUGCCAAAGAAGCGUUCCAGAAGCUUCCACAGAAGUUGCACAACUUUUUCAUCAAAUAUCCUCCCAGGCCAUUUGCACAAUAUGCUACCGAGCCAUCGAAUGUGAAUGAUGCUCAACUGAAUCCCUUCCUUCCCAACAAAAAUCCGGAAAACGGCAGGUGGCACGGUCCCAAAUACUCCUUGAGACGGUCCGCAGACUUGUACAAGAUAGCAUAUAAAUUUGGAGUCCACGAAUUGUUACCUCCUAUGCCCCAAGGUAAGAAGUUCUUUGAAGAUAAGUACGAGAAUAAGAACUGGAUGCGUGGUCAGUUGAGACAAAAGAAACAUAAGUGGGAGAGAGAACUCGAUGAUAAGAUUACUACACGGAAGGCUGCUAUGAAUGCAAUGGAUGAAACCAUUAUCAAGGCUAGACCUUCAUUCAAGAAGCAAUUGGAGAAGAAGAAGCAAAGAGAACGUUCCUGGUAUUAA